UUUUUUCCUGCUUUUUUGGCAGAUUUUGGGAAUUUUUUCCUUUUUUUUUUUUCCACGUCUUUGGGAUCAAAAAAUUUCAGCAAAAUCUGGAAUUUUUCCCCGUUUUUGGGGGUUUUUCUCCCGUUUUUGGGACAAACACAUCGUCAGGAUGCUGGAGAGAUACCUGCAGCGCCGGAAUUUGGGGCUGGGCCGGGAAUUCCGGGAUUUUCCGGAAUUUUCUGGGGAAGGAUCCGCGGAGGAGAAGGAACGGAGGCGCCUCCGGAAGAUUCCCGAAAAUUCCGGCGGGAGAAGCUCCAAGAUCCCAAAAUUCCCUCCCCGGUGCCGGAAGUUUGGGGAAAAGUUGGAAAAAUGGGAAAAAAAAAGGGAAAAAAAGUGGGAAAAACGGGAAUUGCCUCUGCCUGCUGGUCCUGGGAAAAACGGGAAUUGCAUCCCGGAAAACGGGAACGCGGAUCCCGAAAAACGGGAAUUUGGAUCCCAAAAAACGGGAAUUUGGAUCCCGAGAAAUGGGAACUCGGAUCCCGAAAAACGGGAACUCGGAUCCCGAAAAUUGGGAGUUUGGAUCACGAAAAUUGGGAGUUUGGAUCCCAAAAAAUGGACUUUGGAUCCUGGGAAGACGGACCUGGAGUCCUGGGAAAAGGAGGGAGUUUGCAUCCCGAAAAAAUGGGAUUUUGGAUCCCAGAAAAUGGGGUUUUGGAUCCCAAAAAACGGGAAUUUGGAUCCCAAAAAAUGGACUUUGCAUCCUGGGAAGACGGACUUGGAGUCCAGGGAAAAAUGGGAUUUUGGAUCCCAAAAAAUGGGAUUUUGGAUCCCAAAAAAUGGGAUUUGGAUCCCAGGAAAAGGGACCUGGGGUCCCGGGAAAAAAGGGAUUUCGGAUCCCAAAAAAUGGGAUUUUCAUCCCAAAAAAAGGGACUUUGGAGACCAAAAAAUGGGAUUUUGGAUCCCAAAAAAUGGGAUUUUCAUCCCAAAAAAAGGGACUUUGGAUCCUGGGAAGAUCCUGGGAAAAGGGACGCGGAUCGCAGGAAGAAAAGGACUUUGGAUCCUGGGGAAAAAUGGGAUUUGGAUCCCAAAAAAUGGGAUUUUGGAUCCCGAAAAAUGGGAUUUGCAUCCCAAAAAAAGGACUUUGGAUCCUGGGGAAAAAUGGGAUUUGGAUCCCAAAAAAUGGGAUUUGCAUCCUGAGAAGACGGACCUCGAGUCCCGGGAAAAAUGGGAUUUGGAUUCCACAAAAAGGACUUUGGAUCCUCGGGAAAAACGGGAUUUGGAUCCCAAAAAAUGGGAUUUUAGGUCCCAAAAAAUGGGAUUUGGAUUCCAAGGAAAAAGGAUUUUGGAUCCUGGGAAGACGGACCUGGAGUCCCGGGAAAAGGAGGGAAUUUGCAUCCUGAAAAAUGGGAUUUGGAUCCCGAAAAAUGGGAUUUUGGAUCCCAAAAAAAGGAUUUUGGAUCCUGGGAAGACGGACACCGGGUCCAGGGGAAAAUGGGAUUUACAUCCCAAAAAAUGGGAUUUUGGAUCCCGAAUAAAGGACUUUGGAUCCUGGGGAAAAACGGGAUUUGGAUCCCGAAAAAUGGGAUUUUAGAUCCCAAAAAACGGGAUUUGGAUCCCAAAAAAAGGAUUUUGGAUCCUGGGAAAAAGGGACCCGGAGUCCCGGGAAAAGGAGGGAAUUUGUAUCCCGAAAAAUGGGAUUUGGAUCCCGAAAAAUGGGAUUUGGAUCCCGAAAAAUGGGAUUUGGAUCCCGAAAAAAGGACUUUGGAUCCUCGGGAAAAACGGGAUUUUGGAUCCCAAAAAAUGGGAUUUGUAUCCCAAAAAAUGGGAUUUGGAUCCUGGGAAAAAUGGGAUUUUGCAUCCCAGGAAGACGGGCCCGGAGUCCCGGGAAAAACGGGAUUUGGAUCCCAAAAAAUGGGAUUUGGAUCCCAAAAAAAGGAUUUUGGAUCCUGGGAAAAAGGGACCCGGAGUCCCGGGAAGAAAAGGGAUUUGGAUCCCAAAAAAUGGGAUUUUAGAUCCCAAAAAAUGGGAUUUGGAUCCCAAAAAAUGGGAUUUGCAUCCCAAAAAAGGAGAUUUUGGAUCCCAAAAAAAGGAGAUUUUGGAUCCCGAGAAGAGAGACGGUGGAUCCCAAAAAAAGGACAGCGGAUCCCGGGAAAAGGAGGUACGUUCGAUCCUGGAAAAAACGGGAUUUGCAUCCCAAAAAAAGGGACUUUGGAUUCCGAGGAAAAAGGAUUUUGGAUCCUGGGAAGACGGACCUGGAGUCCCGGGAAAAAUGGGAUUUGCAUCCCAAAAAAUGGGAUUUGGAUCCCGAAAAAUGGGACUUUGCGUCCCAAAAAAUGGGAUUUGGAUCCCAGAAAAAGGACUUUGGAUCCUCGGGAAAAACGGGAUUUUGGAUCCCAAAAAAUGGGAUUUUGGAUCCCCAAAAAAUGGGAUUUUGGAUCCCAAAAAACGGGAUUUGGAUCUCAGAAAAAGGACUUUGGAUCCUCAGGAAAAACGGGAUUUUGGAUCCCAAAAAAUGGGAUUUUGGAUCCCAAAAAAUGGGAUUUGGAUCUCAGAAAAAGGACUUUGGAUCCUCGGGAAAAACGGGAUUUUGGAUCCCAAGAAGAGGGACGGUGGAUCCC